AGAGAGCAGCAUGUUGUCAUAGCAACAGCGCAAUUAAAUUACUUUACUGUCAGCCAUCAUAUAAUUUUCCUGUUUAGAAGCUCAUGGGACGUAACUUCCAUUUGGAGUCAAAGUUGAGCUUGUGGUGUAGGUAGGCGAUGCCGGUGCCCCUGGAUGCCGGCGAUACGUGUGUUUACCUUCUGGCUGUGCUGGGCUCUGUUUUGAAAGCUAGGAAGCGGGACCUACGAGUUGCUGUCUAAAUGGGUCCAGUCAUGCCUCCCAGUAAGAAGCCAGAGGGCUCAGGAAUUAGUGUUCCCAGCGGAUUGAGCCAACGUUACCAAGAUAGUGAUUUAUCAAAGGCACUUCACGAUGACGAGGACCUAGAUUUCUCUUUGCCUGCAAUCAGAUUAGAUAAAGGGGCCAUGGAAGAUGAAGAACUAACUAAUUUGAACUGGUUACACGAGAGCAAGAACUUGCUGAAAAGCUUUGGGGACUCGGUGUUAAGGAGCGUUAGCCCCGUUCAGGACAUUGGUGAUGACACGCCACCGUCUCCUGCCCACUCUGACAUGCCCUACGAUGCCAAGCAGAACCCCAACUGCAAACCUCCUUAUUCCUUUAGCUGCCUCAUAUUUAUGGCCAUUGAGGACUCGCCAACCAAAAGACUGCCCGUAAAGGAUAUAUACAACUGGAUCUUGGAACACUUUCCGUAUUUUGCAAACGCACCCACUGGAUGGAAAAAUUCUGUGAGACAUAAUCUAUCCUUGAAUAAGUGUUUUAAGAAAGUGGACAAAGACAGAAGUCAGAGUAUUGGAAAGGGGUCCUUGUGGUGUAUAGACCCAGAAUAUAGACAAAAUCUUAUUCAGGCUUUGAAAAAGACACCCUAUCACCCAUAUUCGCAUGUGUUCAAUACACCUCCCACAUCUCCUCAGGCAUAUCAAAGCAAACGAAGGCUAUCAUCAGAAAACUGGAGUGCUCCAUUUCUGAUUUUGUGGAAUAGAAGAGAAUCAAACUUCUCCUCACUGGCCAGCACAUCAGGUCCACCCAUUUGGCCAGGAAGCACCUUUUUCAAGAGAAACGGAGCCCUUCUACAAGAUCCUGACAUUGAUGCUGCCACUGCCAUGAUGCUUUUGAAUACUCCCCCUGAGAUACAAGCAGUUUCUCCGGGAGUGAUACAAAAUGGAGCUCGAGUUCUGAGUAGAGGAAUAUUUCCUGGAGCCAGGCCAUUGCCAAUCAACCCUAUAGGAAGCAUGGCUGUUGCAGUAAGGAAUGGAAUAACAAACUGCCGGAUGCGGACAGAAAGCGAACAGUCCUGUGGCUCUCCAGUUGUUAGCGGUGACCCAAAGGAGGAUCACAACUACAGCAGUGCCAAAUCUUCCAACCACAGGAGCACAUCACCUGCUAGUGACUCCAUUUCCUCUUCCUCUGCUGACGACCAGUAUGAAUUUGCAACUAAAGGUAGCCAAGACAGCAGUGAAGGAAGUGAAGUUAGCUUCCAGAGCCAUGAGAGCCAUAGUGAAACAGAAGAGGAGGACAAAAAGCAAAAUCGGAAGGAGACCAAGGAUUCUUUAGCUGACAGUGGGUAUGCAUCCCAGCACAAGAAAAGGCAACAUUUAAUGAAGGUGAAAAAAGUACCAAGUGACACACUGCCUCUUAAAAAGAGACGUACAGAAAAGCCCCCUGAGAGUGAUGAUGAGGAGAUGAAAGAAGCAGCAGGAUCGCUCCUGCAUUUAGCAGGAAUUCGAUCCUGUUUGAACAACAUCACCAAUCGGACGGCAAAGGGGCAGAAAGAGCAAAAGGAAACCACAAAAAAUUAGAACAAAUCAAUGAUUUGUUUGAACUUACAAAGUUUUGUUUCAGCACGUCAGGUGAAUUCUAAUGAUUUGUGGCAAUAU